GUGCGGUGCGCGGGGUCUGCGGUCGCGAUGUCGCCGCCGCCGCCGGGCGACGCGGGCCCGGGUCCGCCGCGGACGCUGUCCCUCGCCGCGCGGCUGAGCUUCGCGGUCGGCCACUUCCUGAACGACCUGUGCGCCGGCAUGUGGUUCACCUACCUGCUGCUGUUCCUGCACUCGGUGCGCGGCUACAGCUCGCGCGGCGCCGGGCUGCUGCUGCUGCUCGGCCAGGCGGCCGACGGGCUCUGCACGCCGCUCGUGGGCUACGAGGCCGACCGCGCCGCCUGCGCGCGCUGCGGGCCCCGCAAGGCCUGGCACCUGGCGGGCACCGUCUGUGUCCUGCUGUCCUUCCCAUUCAUCUUCAGCCCGUGCCUCGGCUGCGGGGAGACCACCCCCGAGUGGGCUGCCUUGCUCUAUUAUGGACCCUUCAUCGUCAUCUUCCAGUUUGGCUGGGCCGCCACUCAGAUCGCCCACCUGAGUCUCAUCCCAGAGCUGGUGACCAGUGACCAUGAGAAGGUGGAGCUCACAGCCCUCAGGUACGCGUUCACUGUGGUGGCCAACAUCACGGUGUACGGCGCCGCCUGGCUGCUGCUGCAUCUGCAGGGCUCCUCGCACGCUGGGCAGGACGUCAGCGUGGGCGACCAGCUGGGCGUCCAGGAUGUGUCGGUGUUUCGAAACCUGGCCCUGAUGGUGGUAGGCGUGGGAGCCGUGUUCUCCCUGCUCUUCCACUUGGGUACCAAGGAGGGGCGGCGGCCCUGGCCCCGGGGGACGGAACCUGAUGAGCAGAGCCCCCUGGUGGCCCCCACGGCCAGGCCACUGCUGCUCUGGAAACACUGGCUUCGGGAGCCAGCUUUCUAUCAGGUGGGCGUGCUGUACAUGACCACGAGGCUCAUUGUGAACCUGUCUCAGACCUACAUUGCCAUGUACCUGACCUACUCUCUCAGCCUACCCAAGAAGUUCAUCGCCACCAUCCCCCUGGUGAUGUACUUGAGCGGAUUCUUCUCCUCCUUCCUCAUGAAGCCGGUCAACAGGCGCAUAGGGAGGAAUAUGACCUACUUCGCCGGGCUGCUGGUGAUCCUGGCCUUCGCAGCCUGGGUGGCCCUGGUGGAUAAGCUGGGCGUGGCCGUGUACGGGGCAGCUGUGCUACUGGGUGCGGGCUGCGCCACCAUCCUCGUCACCUCCCUGGCCAUGACGGCUGACCUCAUCGGCCCACACACGCACAGUGGAGCCUUCGUGUAUGGUGCUAUGAGCUUCUCGGACAAGGUGGCCAACGGACUGGCAGUCAUGGCUGUGCAGAGCCUGCAUCCCUGCCCCUCCGAGCUGUGCUGUAGGGCCUGUGUGGGCUUCUACCACUGGGUGAUGGUGACGGUGACCGGCGGCGUGGGUGUGGCCGCGGCCCUCGCUCUGUGCAGCCUCCUCGUCUGGCCCAUUCGCAUUCGCGCCCGUACCCGGGACCCCAGAGACCGGCCCUGACCCGGCUCCCCGGGGCAACGCGAGGAAGGACCAGACAGACACCCACCCUGGUCCCCCUGCCCCCACCUGCUCGGGGCCGGAGGGCACGGUGUGCGGGUGUGCGGGCCCCGUGGGUGGGCGGGCCCCGGAGCAGGGACGGAGGCUGCGACCUGGGUCAGCCCGCGGGGACCGGGGGCCGGGGGGUGGGGAAUAAAGCGCGGCCGCGGAGGCUAAGGACAGACGCCCCGGGCUGUGUGCGUGGGGACGGUCGCCGGCCGACGGGGACGCGGAGGCUCGGGUUGGCAGCAGGGCUUUAUCAGAGCGAGGGCGUGAAGGCCGGGGGUGGCUGGCCCGUGGCCGGGCAGGGGCGAUCGCCACCCAGGUGCCUGAAGUCCUGCGAGGUGUAGCGCGGCCGCUGCGGCGGCGACAGGUAGGGCACGUAGUCGGACCGCCAAGGCAGCUCUGCCCCGAACUGGUUCCUGUUGACCGCUGGGGACAGGGAGUGGCUCAGAGGCUGACGCCGAGGGACCCUCUGUAUGCUGGCCUCGUCCCCACUCAGCCGCCCCCUCCACCUGCCGCCAGGCUGCAGUUUUUUCCCUUCCCCUGUUGUAUGACACAGGGCCUCUUCAAGUUUGACACCGUGUAGCCCAGGCUGCCCCCGGGACUCGCGGAUAUCCUCCUGCCUCUGCUGCACCUGCGCCCCGACUCCCCCCCUCACCCCGAAGCUCACCGAACUCCUUGCCGCGGAUGUGCCUGUCCCUCCAGGGCACGCACCCCCAGCGCGUGCCGGGGCUGAGGUACUGCGCGGGCAGCGUGGGGUCCCAAAAGGCCGUCUCCCGCAGGUGCUGCGUGUAGGCUGUGGGGAGGCGAGGGCUCCCGUCAGAGUGGGACCCGCUGGUGCGCACGGCCGGGGGCGCCACACUCACCGGUCGGCAGGCUGCGCUGGCGACUCUUGAAGCAGCCGUGCCAGCGCGCGUGGGCCUCGCGGUACGGGCUGUCGAGCGCGCUGGGCAGCAUGUACCAGGCCUCGCGUGGUUCCGAGUUGGUCAGGCCGGUGUACCACACCUGGCCAGCUGCGUCCCGUCCCAUGGGUGCGAACUUCCAGCGCACGGCUUGCUGGAUGGCUGGUGCCCAGCGGGCGCCCUCCAUGGACAGGUAGUCAUUGCUGGGGGAGGACAGGGACUGAACGCGGGCGGACGCCCUGCUGCCCCAGCCCGUCUCGCGGACUCUCUAGGGUGUCUGCGGGGCGAUGGUCACUCUGCCUCUGCCCAGCGUCUCCGUGCACUUGCCCGCCUGCAGCGCUAUCUCAUGUAGCCGAGGAUGGCCCUGCUUGUUUCUGAGGCAGCGCUCAUUGUCAGUGUGGACCUGGCAGCAAUCCCCCUGACUCAGCCUCCCAAGUACUUGUAUGGCAGGCAUGAGCCUGGCUUCUGGGGACUGGAGGGGACUUAGCCCGGCUCAUGCUUCCCAUAGAUGGUGCCCAGAGCAGGGUGGCAGGGGCGCUUGCCGAGGCCCGGCAGUGACAGGGUUAAGGAAAUGCAGUGGAGAAGAGGUUGUGGCCUACAGUUGGGACUGUCACCAGCUCCACAAAAGGCUGGGGUAUGAACAGGCCUGCGAAAUGGGAUUUUCUUCCUGGGUGGCACAUUCCCUCGCUCAGCAUGCCAAGGCAGGAAGAUCAUUGUGAAUUUAGAAUAGUUUUGACCACACAGAAAUAUCCUGUGCAGCGCGAUGGCACAUUCCCGAAGUCGUGGAGAAAGGGCAGGAAGGCCACAAGCUCAAGGUCAUCCUUGGCUACAUGGUGAGGCUGAGGCCAGCCUGUGCUACAUGAGACCUCAAUCUCCCCACCACGCUGCUCACACGCACAGACCUGUCACACAUACCACGGGGAGGUGGAGGGAGUUCCAUUGUUGAGCCUGGUAGCUUCCAAGCUGGGUGAUCUGAGGCUGGGGGCUUCCCUUCUUGGGAGUGGGGGUGUGCAUAUGCCUGAAUCCCAGCCUCCUGGUGUCUGUGGCGCAGCCACCCUGACUGAGGUUGGGGGGAGGGAAGCUGGUGCUCAGGCAGAGGGGGGCGCCGGAUGCAGGGACCCACCUGUGUAGAGGGGCAGGGAAGUAGCGUUCCAGGGUGCCCGAGGGGACAUAGGGCCGGGCCGCCUCCCGCCUCAGGUUUUCCAUGUCUGCCUCUGUGCUCCCAGAGGCUCAGAUGACCAAGGCCCUAGGACCAUUGUUGACAGGGACAAAGGUGUCCCGGCAACAGGGAAGUGGGCAGCCACAGUCCCCAUGACUCCCACACACGUCCUAGUGUGGGCCUGGGGCUCCUGCCAGCUCCCUACAUGGGGACAUCCAAAUGUCCCUCAGCUCUUCCCGUCCCACUGCCAAGCCAUGCCCUCCUUGUGCCAAGGUGGCGACAGCCUGCCCUCACCCCACGCUGGACACCCAGAGGACGGAACCGUGCUCAGCAGGGCGGCGUGAGCCGGUGGGACCCUGCUGGUGAUGGGUGUACUCCGGGGACCCUGAGGGCAUGAGACCCAGAGACAAUGGCCACAUAGUGUGGGCUCCAGGACAGGAAAUGGAUUUGCGGGAGCUGUGGUUGGGGCCUGCCUCUUUGGACCUAGAAUGUUCUUGAGUUAGGGGUGAUUGUUAUAUAACUGACUUCCAUAACUGAGUCCAGCAGUACAUUGAUAGUACAUUGUAUGUUUUGUGUAUUUUACUACAAUAAACAAACGUCAACACGA